UCCUGGGUCAAACAAGUCGGGAGAACCCGUAUAAAACUCAGUGGAAAUAUAUUCAUAUCUUAAUUACUGACUAAGGUUGACCUUUGGACAUCAAGCAGUGAUUAAGUAAGCAGCAUGGCAGGCCCCCAGGUUCUGAUCUUUGCGGCUUUACUAGGUUGUGCCUUUGCACCGCCACCUAUUGUUCCACCAUAUGGACCGGCCCCGGCGCCUUCAGUGUAUUCCUACCGGUGGUCCGUGAACCCGCCAGCAGUGGCUUACACUUCUCUGACACCAGAUGAGGCAGAAGCAAUCUGUAAGGAGUGUAAGCCCCUUGGCAGUGGACUUGGCGGCUACUUUGCUGUUGAAGGUGACCCAAUCCACUACAUUCGCUGUGUUCCGCAGGGUGACAGUUGGCAAGUGUUUGUAUUACAUUGCUGUAACCACACUUCCGAAGGCGGUUACAGUACCGAGUGGUUCCAGGAAUAUUUGGCGUGUGACUAUGGUUCACACCCCAACCCCUACACGUGUGAGGGGUUUAAAGACGUCGACCCACCUGUUCCGCCGCAGUAUGUUCCAUUCUGGCCACUGCAGUGGACCCCCAAACUGGACAGUCUGGUAGAGGACAGAGACUACGGUAAACCAGGGGGUGUUGCUGCCCGCGUGUAUACGGGAGUUUAUGACCAUAACAACGUGAAGAAGGGCAGCCUCCUCGUGGAAGCAACUCAGGAGACCGUCCCAACGAUCGUAUUCGAUGGCCAAAAAGUCGGCGACACUUACGCUCAUAUUGAGGUUCCGUUCUUCGAGAACGCGGACUGGAGUCAGUACAGCCCCGGGUUCAGUUUCACUUUCGGUUUCUGCAUUGAUGCCAAUACGCCACUUGACGCCGCAUUGAUAACCAACGCCGACUGUAACUUUACAGCUUCCAUUGAGAUCUCACUCCAGCCGAACCCGAAUCCAUUAGGCCUACUAGGGCAGAGUGAUUACCUUCUGCAGGCACUGAUACGUAGCCAAGGAAAUAGUCCAGAUACCAUAUCCACCGUUCUGCCCCUUUUCAAGCCCCCUCUCUGUUACUUCGCUGGGUUCUCCUACACCCAGGCCGGGAACAAGAUGUUGUUGUGGAGGAAUGGCAACGUGGUCACAGGGACGGCCCAAGGGCCACCAAGGCGUAUCAACCAGAACCCAUUGUUUAUCGGGUACAGUUGCUAUGGUUACCCAGACCAACAGCCGCCGCGUGCUCUUCAUGGAUCCAUGUCGUCUAUAAAGAUUUGGGGAGACAAAGCACUGGAUGCCGCGCAGAUUAACCAAGAAUGCGUUGACGCCAAGUUCUGUAAUUUAUAAUUGUCAUAAACUGACAUCAUGAGUGAGAUAUUGAAAAAGACGAGGUCAUCUUAUCUCUGAGAUUGGUCGAUUUAAUAUCUACCUCUUAAAGGACAUCUGCCGUUUAUUUACCUCUAGAUUUAUCUUGACUCUGAAAGGUGUAUGUCAGGAAUAAAGGAAAUUUUUAAUUUCCA